GUGUGAAUCUAUGGCUAAGAAACGAAAAUCCCAAGAAACUGAGCCAUCGAGUUCUGCAGCAACAUCACAACCAGCUGCGCCGGAGAAUCGCCGGCUAACGAGGAGCUCGGCAAAGGCUUCUACUAUAGUAGUAGAGGCUUCAGUACCCGCUAAGAAGCCGAAGAAACGAGGGAAGAAAGUGAAGAAGGAGUCAGUUAAAGAUACUGAAGAGAAUCAAGAUUCAGAUGUUUCAGAUGCUCCGUUGGGACAGAUUUCUGGCUCGAAAACCAUUAUUAUUGAGCACUGCAAGCAAUGUCAAUCAUUCAAGAAAAGGGCUGAACUGGUUAAGGAUGGCUUAGAGAAAGGUGUACCCGGUAUCAUAGUGAUGGUCAAUCCAGAGAAGCCAAGAAAGGGAUGCUUCGAGAUACGGGAGGAAGAUGGAGAGAAAUUUGUUUCACUUUUGGAUAUGAAACGUCCCUUCAAAAAUAUGAAGGACCUUGACAUGGAAAAAGUCAUCUCAGACAUUAUUCUGAAAAUUAAAUGAUGCACACUUCUCAGCAUGGAUCUCGUCACUGUAAGGAUUGUUUUUUGGAAGGAGCCAGCAUGGACGGAGUCAUCUCAGACAUUGUUGUGAUGAUCGAAUAGUGAGUUUUGGGCAAUUGAAUAGAUCUUGCAACGAUGAUUUUUUCUUGCACAAUAUUUUUCAUUGGCUAUUGUUUAAUCAGCCACAACAAUGAACUUCUGAGUGUUAUGAAAUGAACAUGAUCUUAGCAGCUCCAAAUUCUUGGAUUUUUUUGCUUGAGCUGUACACACUACUAUUGCUCUCUCCAGUAGGAUUUGAAUGCAGAAAUUAUGUUGCUAUAUUUA